CCUUAAUGCCGAUACUUAAAUGCAACAACGUAUGUUUUGAAUAGUUUAAAAUUUUUGGGUAUACUAUCUAUUCUCAAAUAGAGUUUCUAAAUAUAUAUUAUCUACAGAUGAGGAAAAUUCCUGACAAGUCAUGGAUAGAUAUCCCUAGGAGUGAACGGUUUCGUGAUCAACAUUAUAGGGAUGGAUGUGAAGCCUUCAUGAAGUAUGCCGAAAUGAACCCAAAAAAUUUAAGUAGCGGUGCAAUAUACUGUCACUGUUAUAGGUGUAAGAAUAUGAAGCUAAAAAAUAAAGAUGAAAUACGAAGUCACUUAGCAAACUCUGGUUUUUACGAGGAAUAUAAAUAUUGGUCCUAUCAUGGGGAAGGCCGUACCGAAGAUGAAGUCCCGGAUGUGCAUGUCGAUACCAUCUUGGGCAUCAACUAUGAUAUCAUCUUCAUUGUCAUUGUUAAUAUCGUAUUCGGUAUGGUCAGGUCCGAUAUCAGUUUGUAAAUUUACUUCUGUAUCAUCUAUUGCCCCUGUUAUAGGUGUAAGAAUAUGAAGCUAAAAAAUAAAGAUAAAAUACGAAGUCACUUAGCAAACUCUGGUUUUUACGAGGAAUAUAAAUAUUGGUCCUAUCAUGGGGAAGGCCGUACCGAAGAUGAAGUCCCGGAUGUGCAUGUCGAUACCAGUCAUGUUGUCAGGAUAGAUGAUACAGAAGUAAAUUUACAAACUGAUAUCGGAUCUGACCAUACCGAAUACGAUAUUAACAAUGACAAUGAAGAUGAUAUCAUAGUUGAUGUCCAAGAUACUCAUGCUCCUGAGGACUUGGAUCGUAUAAUGAAACUACUAGAGGAUAGUGAAAAUGAUCUGUAUGAGGGUUGCACCGACUACUCCAGAUUUUCAUUUAUGUUGGAGCUCUUACAUAUUAAGAGCCUCAGUGGAAUGACAAAUACUUAUUUCGAAAUGCGUCUUCUUGAUUUGCUGCGGAAGGUAGUUCCAGGAGGAGAGCGUAGCAUUCCUAAAACAACUUAUGCGGCAAAGCAAAUAGUUUCCGAUUUGGGGCUUGAUUACAAUAAGAUUGAUGCGUGUCCUAAUGAUUGUAUUAUCUACUACAAGGAUAAUAAAGACCUUCAGGCAUGUCCUACAUGUGGAGUUUCUCGAUGGAAACAACAAACCCGCUCUUCAACAAGGCAGCCAACAGAGUCAAUGUACCAGCAGAGCAUGAUUCCAGCUAAGGUGCUUCGCCAUUUCCCGUUAGUUUCCAAAUUGCAACGUCUGUAUAUGAACAAAGACACCGCUAAGAACAUGAGGUGGCACAAAGAAGACCGUAUAGAAGAUGGUAAGCUGAGACAUCUAGCUGAUGCAGAGGCUUGGAAGCAUAUUGAUAAGACUUUUCCCAAUUUCGCUCAUGAAUGUAGAAAUGUCAGACUUGGGCUUUCUAGCGACGGAUUCAAUCCGUUCGGGGUUAUGAGUUCAGGUUGGUCUACAUGGCCAGUUGUCUUAAUGCCAUAUAAUUUACCCUCACUGCUUUGUAUGAAACAACCGUAUAUGAUGCUCUCAUUACUGAUACCGGGUAAGCGUGCACCGGGUAAUGAUAUUGAUGUCUACUUAGAGCCCUUAAUUGAUGAGCUAAAACAAUUAUGGUCGGAGGGUAUAUUGAUAUAUGAUGCCCAUGCUAAAGAGUCAUUUAGACUUCGUGCUAUCCUAAUAUGGACAAUUAAUGAUUUUCUAGGUUAUGCUAAUCUUUCUGGUUGGUCUACAAAAGGCAAGUUUGCUUGUCUAGUAUGUGGCCUAGAAUUUGAAGGCCUUCACUUACCAUCUAGUCGAAAGUGUUGUUGUUGGUUCAACAGGAGAUGGUUACCUUCGGGCCACAAAUACAGAAAAUUGAGCAAUAAAUUUGACGACACUGUUGAGACUAGGAAUAAACCACGUUAAAUGACCGGUGCUGAUAUUAUAAAGUUGCUUGAGCAUCUUCCUAAAAUUAGAUUUGGUAAGAACCGAUAUUCUAAGUACGACUCACUCAAAGUUAGAGGCUCCGGCAAAAAGAAAAAGACACUGAAGAGGAAGAGAGCAUUCCAACGGGCACAUGUUGAUAAUGGAGUCGAUAAAUUACCAAAGAGAUGGAGUAAAUUCAGUAUCUUCUUUCAGCUGCCAUACUGGCAAAAGCUUAAAAUCAGGCAUAACUUGGAUGUCAUGCAUAUUGAGAAAAAUAUUUGUGACAACAUAGUUUCAACCCUCCUUCAAGAUCCUAAUAAGUCAAAGGAUGACCUAAGGGCUCGUCAAGACUUAGCUGCAUUGAAUAUUCGGGAAGAUUUGCAAGCACAAGAUGUUGGACUUAAGAAAAAACAUAAGCCUUCCUCUCGUGUUACGAUGUCGACAGAGCAGAUGCAGAGAUUUUGUGAGGUCCUCAAAUCAGUAAAAUCACCGGAUGGGUAUUCAGCUAAUAUAUCAAAUAAUGUCCAGUUGCAGGAGAGGAAGCUCUUAGGCCUAAAGACCCAUGAUUAUCACGUUCUUCUACAUCAAUUGCUCCUGGUUGCAUUGCGUAAUAAUAUGGAGAAAGAAGCAUUGGAAAUUAUUAUGGAGUAUUGUGGGUUCUUCAGAAAAUUAUGCUCAAAAGUUAUAGAUGUGAGGGAAUUUAAAAAGCUUGAAACAGAAAUAUCAUUAAUUUUAUGCAACCUGGAGUUAAUAUUUCCUCCUUCCUUUUUCACGGUCAUGGUCCAUGUUACUCAACAUCUAGCUAGCGAGGUAAUCAUUGCGGGUCCUGUAUCUUACCGUUGGAUGUACCCAAUUAAGAGAUAUUUGGGGUUUAUGAAGCGCCUAGUUCGCAAUCGAGCUCAUCCAGAGGGUUCUAUGGCUGAAGGUUACGUGACCAACGAAUGUCAUACGUUUGUAUCACGUUACAUGCGCAAUCGCGUAAAAGCUGAUCAGCCCCCAACUAAGGAGAAGAAACUCGUAAAAUAUCCAAGAUCUGACUUAGAGCAGGUUCAUGCAUAUGUAUUGAAUAAUCUUGAUAUUUUCAGCGAUUAUCGAAGAUGAAGAACUCGAGGUUAUUCGAUCGAUCGCGUGACCGAUCACGAUCUACGAGCCUAGGCUCAGAACAGCUUCAGGAGGCACACAUUUCAUCACAUACGGAUAUAGCAUUCUCGCCUCAUAUAGAUAAUUUGGCAGGCAUCGAUUAUUCUUCACCCGGAGCCACUGAUUCACAUGCAGAGACCUCCCACACUACAGAGGGUUCUUGGACACCAUCGUCUUCGCAUCAUACGCAGGGGGCCGAGUUGUGUUCGUGGACCCCUGACAUCCCCCAUCUACCAUUGCCUCUAGACUCGAUCAUAUCAAAGACUAAUACUUUGAAGUAUCAUCCACUUGCACUCAAAAGGCUAGAUGAAUUAAAUCCAAUGAUGCAAGUUAGAAAGCAAGUUGCAAUCGCUGCGAUGGAUAGAGAAGUGGAGAGAGGGGCAAAGCGAGAUGCAACUGGACCGGGAGGACGUGGUGGAAGCAAACCUGGUUCCAAACAGGCACCAAGAGGCUUUCGGGGAAUUCUUCAGUGGGUUGAUAACUUGCCGAUCGGCUCAUGGUAAAAAAAAAAAUUAAUAACUACGUCGGCGUUUUAGUACGGCGGGCCCAAAUCAUAAACCCGUACUUCAAAUUCAAGGAGCUUCCAUGGUCCGCAUACGAGGAUAUAUGGAGAGAGUUGAUGCAAUACUAUUGUCUUGAGGACUACCCUGGGGCGUGACACUAUGUUUUUAAUAUCAAAGUUGAGGCCAUGCUCAAACAGUAGCGACAUGAGCUGAAGAUAUCAACAUAUGAUAAAUAUACCCAAGAUUGGCAGAGAUUUUCAAAUCUCGAUGAGAGGGUGGAUCUCGAUCAUUUCACGGCUCUUCUUUUUUAUUGGGAUACCGAGUCCGCACAGAAUAAAUCUAAGAAGGGCUCGACGAACCGACAUAGCAAGCGCAAGCUUGAUCACCACUUGGGAUCGACGUCCUUUGCCAAUCUUGAGUAUAGUUAUUGUCGAGACACGGGGAAGCCGAUAAUGCCGAUCAAUUUGAAGGCAAAGUUAGCUUACGGCACCUUUCACUCAACAUAUAAAGAUGAAGACAAGAUUAAAGCAAACAUGGUGUUGGUGAUAAUUAUUUUUCAACAAAUCAUUAAAUAAUAAGAUAAUAUUGCUGUCGCGUCGAAGGAUGCAGCACUACGUGCUACCCAAGAAGCUGCUGAUGACCCUCAUGUCUUGUCAAGAGAGGAAAAUAAUGCCAUUGCAAUGAAUGUGAUGGUAUAAUAACCGGGGUAGAUUUCCAUUGAUGGGGUUGGAGCUCAGCGGGGUACCUCCAGAAAAUCCUCCACGACGUCCUCGACAACCUCAACUGCGACUACAUCAUCAAACAGAACUCACACCACUUCUACAAUUAUGCGCGUCAACCGUUAUCUGCGUGGUAAGAUCGACCCUACAUUACUCAUGCAGCUGACGACGGCUAUGUGUUCAGAUUUGCCUCCAUCCCGUACUAGCGACGAUGUUUUUACACACAUCGUUUUAUGCUUGUCCGGGAAGAUUUCAGCUGAAUUAUUUGGAGAAGUUUUGGACCAAAUAGAUUUAGACGCUGGCGCACAGGCUAGAUUUGCUGGAGGAAGCAGUAGUGGCGUGCAGAGGAGGGAACUUGACGAUGAUGAUGACUCUUGAUUUUAUGAGGUGCAUGUGUUUCUUUGAGCAUCUCUAGAGAACAUAAUGCUCGUGGACCUGGAUAUCGGUUUGUAAAUAAUCGUCGUUGUAUUUUUAAAUCACAACUUUCUUUGUGUUGAGCCCAAAACAAACAGUGAGUUGAUUGAGUUGUGCGGCAAAUUUAUAUGCAUAUAUGUGGAUGAUUAUAAGUUGGCAGAGUUAAGAGAGA